AUGACCGAGGUGGCAACCCUUAAGCAAGCGCUGUCCGAGGCCGAAAACAGAGCGGCCGCGGAGCGCACAGAGAGAUGGAAGCAGGAGGCGCGGGUGGAGGAGGUGCAGAAAGAGCUCCAGGCUCUCGUGAAAAAACACGAGAGUUUGGAGCUUGACUCAAAGACGCAAGUGUCUGAGCUUGCGGCAGCCCUCAAAAGCGCAAAGUCUGCCAAGGCCGAAGCCCAGAAAGCCCUCCAAGAAAUUGAAGCGAUGAAGAAUAUAGCGGCGGGUAAGGCAUUCAUUAUGCAAAGCAAGCAUGUGAAAGUGAAUUACUUGUUACUUACCCGAGUCCGGAGCUCUGCAGGAGCAUUCACAGAUUUGCCCCGUAGUGCAUUUGAUGCCGCCGCCUACUACCGAGCCGAGGAGGGGAGCUCGAUGGAGAAGGUGUUCUGGUCUCAGUAUGCUGAGGCCGGACACCUGGUGCCUUUGAGUGACCAGCUGAAGCAAAUGGUCGAGCUCCACAAGGUGGCCGAACAUGCCAUAAAGGGCUUCAUAGUUCGGCUUUGGCCUGGGGAGGCUCUGCCUGGGAGCUACUUCGGGCUGGUGAGGCGGUUGGUGGAUGCCUGUCCACGACUUGAAGUAAUCAAGUGCUCCGUCUGCAUCGAAGGUGCCCGUAGGGCGCUUGCCCAUGCUAAAGUGCACUGGGGCAAGAUGGAUGCGGAGAAGCUGGUGAAGGACGGGCCGCCGCCGGGCAAGGAGCAUCGCGUCCCAGAAGCGUAUUAUGAGAGCGUCCUGAAGGGUGCCCGCCUUAUAGCGGAUGAAUGCUCCAAAGAUGUAAUUUUUGAGUAA